AUAACACUGAGAGGACAACUGAAAGGAUCCUAGCAAACAAACUGAAAACAAAUUCUACUACUUUUAUCCACUGACCUGCACAGACUCUUCUUAACUCAAAAAAAGAUGGAAUCCCAGAUGACAUGCAACGUUAGCGAGAAGUGGAGCUCCAGGAUGCCUGAGGGACUGGAACUUGAGAUUUCCCAUCAUCCACUGACAAUGAAGCACGUGGCCAACCUCAUCAUCGCCACACAGAGGUUUAAGGGCAUUAUCUCAGAAUCAGUGCUGGGCACUGAAUUCAGAGAUGAACAUCUGCUCAGCAUCAUGCUGGAGAGCAUCAUGGAAGAGAGAAAUGUGUUCGGUUGUGAGGCAACUCCACCGACUGAUGAGGAUAUGAUCACCAGGACGCGCGAGUACGACUGCACUGUGGAGGACGAGGAGAAGAGGAGCUUAGUUCGGGUCAAUAACAGCCUGGUGCUCCACGCAGUGAUGCUGCAGGGAGGAACUGAUCUCAAGCAAGUUAAACUGAACAUGUCAAUGUACUUGCACCCUGCACCCAGCGUUGAGGGCAGAACUGUGGCUCUGGGCAUCAAGGGCACACAGUAUUACCUGACUUGCCGUAAGGACGGUGCCCAGCCAACCUUACAUCUGGAGACGAUUACCAAAGACAGCCUGGCAUCAAUCGACCCGAACAGCGACAUGGUGCGGUUUCUCUUCUACAAGCAGAUCUCUGGGGUGAAUGUCAGCACCCUCAUGUCUGUUGCUCACCCCAACUGGUACAUCAGCACAGCAGAGGCUGACAACAUGCCAGUGGAGAUGUGCCAGGAGUCCACCAGCCGCUACAGAGCCUUCACCUUCAGUGCAAUCAAGGAGGAGACACCCACAGCGUGAGGUGGAUCUGCAUCUGAGGGCCCAGCGUUGAUCCUCUUAAGAAGAAGAUUCAAUUGUUGAAUGAGUGUAAAAUAUUCUGCACUUCUUCUUCUUAUUAUUUAUCUAUUUAUUUUUACAAAAGUAUUACCGCUGUCUGCUGAAAAGACUACUGUAAGUAUUACAGAGCGUCUAUUUACUGUAUGUACCAAGUACACAAAGUAAAAAUGCUUGUGUGUUAAGUCGAGCUUCACCAGGAGGUGGCACCAUUGUGCUACCAGGUGAGCACCAAGUUUAUUUAUUAUGCUGUUUGACAUGGCGUAUUGAUGCUUUUAUCUGUUAAUUUAAUAAUCUAUUUAUGCACCAUUUAACAUAUAUAUUUAUUUGAAAAUCUGCUUACUAAUGAUUAUUUAUAUGAUGU